UGAUAAAGAGAAUUUAAUUUUAACAAUCUAUCAACAUGCAAAAAAAAACUGAAGUACGGAAAGUGAGCCAUAAACAUCGUAAUUAUACAAAAAUUUAAUUAAAUAUAUUAGACUGAUUUGUUUUUCGACUUUUACUUGAUAACUGAUAUAAUAUAACAUAAACAGAUUCAUUCAUACAUUCAUUCCUUUUCUGUCACAUAUAGACGUAGAUCUGGAUGUACAUGAAGAGAAAGUCCAUGUCAGCUACUCACAGCCAUACCUAUGAGAUCCAUACUCGCGAGCAAUCGUUCCACUGAUCAAGUGCCCUAAUUAGUACUUGUCCGACUUCGAUUUUAUGCUUUUGCAUUGACUUAUUCUUCCACUUUCGUUUGUAUGCAGCGGCGUAGUCAAGGAAGGGACAAAUGGGCAAUUGACCAUUUCAUUUCGAGAUUUGCCCAUUGAAAUUUUACUUUUUCAGAAUUGUCACUUGAUUUUUGAAUUAGAUAGUAACUCUUUUUUUUUCUUCCGUCUAAAUCACAUAUGCACUUUUUUGUGAAGAAUGAAGAAAAGAAUCCCUUCUGGUAUUUUUACCAGAAUUACCAGAUGGAAAACUUAAAAAUCAGAAUUUUUUUUCGAAAUCGAAAACUAAUCAGAAAGAGUAAAUUUUUCCAAACUAAGGACUAUCAUGGUGACAUACUUGUACAAAAGGCUUCACUUUUUGUUUGUUUAUCAACUCAUACUUUGUUUUCAAAAGUAUUUCAUAGUAAAGAAAAACAACACAACCAUUAUAUAGCUUAAAGUAAAAGAUCGUGUACACACACUGCAAGAUUUCAUCAAUGCUUUGUUUUCUUUUUUCAUCAUGUUUGAAUGAAGCAGAACUAUUUACAUAAGAAAAAAUAAUAUCACACAUAUUAAAAAGCAAAUUUUAUGAAGUCUAAGACAACAUGUUUUUAAUUAUGAGGGUAAUAAACAAAAAAUUUUAAUUGCUGUCAAAUUGCUUUUGAAUGUGUGUGUAUGAUAUUGCUUCUCCUUAUAUAAAUCAGUCGUGUUCCAUUCAAUCAUGACAAAAAAAGAAAACUAAAAAUUGAUAAAAUGUCGUAGUACGAGCACACGGCAAACUAUAAAUAUCUUAAAAUUUAAACAUCUCUAUCUGUGUAUACUAUUAGCAGCUCAUGUUUUAAACUAGUUGGUUUGUGAACAUGAGUAUUCAUUCAAUUCGACUAUGAGCAAUCUCCUUAAUUUACGGUUGCAUGACCUUCAACUGUUAGUUAAUACAAAAAAAACUAGCAAAAGACAUCUAGUGUCGAAUUCUUUUACGAAGCCAAAAACUCUGUUUACGAAAAGUAUCCUCAAACAAAUUAUAUAUAUAAACAAUGCAGAUGAAAUUUUUAAGUUUUCUUGUGUUCAAAAUUUCUUCAAUAAAUAUUUUUGAGUUAAAAUAUAUUUACAAAAUCCUUCAAGAAAAAAAUAAUUAGCAUUCAUUCUUAAGUUUAGCAAUGCAAAAAUUUACUGAUAUAUUAAAGCAUUCGUCAGUGUCUGCAAAACUCAGAAACUAGAAAAGAUUAAGAAAGGAAAGAAGGUAGCGGAAUACGAAUCUAUAACAUUAAUGAGUUAUACUCGUUAUUAAUUUCGCUAGUAAAGCCAUCAUCUAAAAAUGUUUGAAAUUCGGCAACAAAUUGGAAAAAUGUUCAAAUUUCAUAAAUUUCUCUGACUUUUCAGAAGAUCUGGCAAUUCUGAUUUUAACUGUAAGUUUGGAUGAACAUCAGUUCGGUUUUAUUGGGAAAAUACUAAUCAUGUAAAGAUAGAGAAGGAUAGAUCAAGAGAACACACAUGAACAUAUAUAUAUUUCUACAUAUAUAUACAUAUAGAGUGACACAAAAGAAAAAGGAAAAAACCAAGAUGUGAAAUGACAUAUUUCGUAUGGAAAAUUUCUAUGUGUGCUGCACAGUUAUAUAUGUUGCAGUUGAGUUUGGAAUCUAGUUGAGAUUGGAAUUACUUAGUUCACUUUGUUUGUUUAAAAAUUUUUCUAACACGUAUUCAAGAAAACUUGUUUGUUUCUUGUCAAAUUUAUAUUUACUAUUACUUCUCGGACAAUAAAAAGUAUCUUCGUACUGUUAUCUUGUUGAUGAAAAGUCAUUAGUCAUUCUAUUUAUUGUUUCCUUCUAAAAGUAAAUCUUACUCAUCAUUUUCCUUAUGUUGUAGUUUCUAUAUAGAUGCUCGGGACAUGGAGAUGUUGAACGAUUGGUUGAAGCAAAAUCGAGAGUACUUGAGCUAUUUCUUUCUAUAGAAUAAAUGUUUUUCGAGCUGCGGGACAUGAGGACAUUGAAUCAUUAGUUGAAACGAAAUCGAGAGUACUUGAGCUAUUUCUUUCUAUAGAAUAAAUGUUUUUCGAGCUGCGGGACAUGGAGACAUUGAAUUAUUGGUUGAAACGAAAUCGAGAGUACUUGGGCUAUUUCUUUCUAUAGAAUAGAUGUUUUUCGAGCUGCGGGACAUGGAGACAUUGAAUUAUUGGUUGAAAUGAAAUCGAGAGUAUUUGAGCUAUUCGUUUCUAUAGAAUAGACACUUUUUUCGAGCAGCGGGACAUGGAGACAUUGAAUUAUUGGUUGAAACGAAAUCGAGAGUAUUCGAGCUAUUUGUUUUUAUAGAAUAAUUUUUUUUUUGUAAGAGAUUCACAUGAAAAAACAAUUAAUGUAAUUAAAAACAAACAGAUAUAGAAUGUGUUUCUUGAUUGAAUAUUCCAUAGCAACGAACAUCAAUCGAUUAAUUAUAAGGAGAUGAAUAAAAUUCAUAAAAUUCUAAUAUUCACUAAAUAAGAAUGGUUAAAAAUGAAAACUUUCUAUAUGUAAAUAUUUUAAAAUAAUUCCAAAUAGAUCAUAGAAGUUCGACGAAUCAUUUAGAAUCGCUAAAAUUACAACAGUUGAAUACAAUAGUACACAAACAUUAAUUAUCGUGUGACUCAUACUAUUUACAUGCAUUCUAAACUCAACUGAAUUCCCAUGUCAACUGUGACAUAUAUUUGAGAAGUCCUCAGCUCAAUACCUUCGAGAAGAAUGAACAUAGUUAAAUGUUUUUAUCGUAAAUAUAUUUAUAGUCGACACUACACUUAUAUUUAGAAUUUUAAAAGAAAAACAAAUUGAAAGUUGGUAUGAUUUUCGAACAAGUAUCACAAAUUUGGAAAAAGAUAGUGAACAAAAAUAUGAAAAUAUUGAAGAAAGUCGAACAAAAAUUCUUGAUGAUUUUCGUCAAAUCAUUGAAGAUAUUGAUAAUGAAAUGGAUAAAUAUUUUUCAUCUGCAUGCCGACCAAAAGCAAAAUGUGUUGUUGAACGUAUACCUCAAUUUAAAGAAGCAACAGCAGUAGGUGCUUAUUAUUCUUCAGCAUCAUUUGAUGGUAAAACACCAGGAACAUUAUUUGUAAAUCUUCGUAAUAUUGACGAAAUAGUUAAAUUUAAAAUGUAUACAUUAGCUUAUCAUGAAGCUGUUCCAGGUCAUCAUUUUCAACGUAGUGUGGCUCAAUCACUUAAACAUUUACCAUUGUUUCGGCGUCUGAUGGGAUUUACUGCUUAUACUGAAGGAUGGGCAUUAUAUACAGAACAAUUAGCAGCAGAAGAAGGUUUUCAUAAAUCAUGGUAUAGUUAUCUUGGAUAUCUUGAUGCUCAACUUUUCCGUUCAUGCCGACUUGUUGUUGAUACUGGCAUUCAUUGGAAACGAUGGUCACGUGAACAAGCCAUUGAUUAUCUGGUCGAAAAUACGUGUCUGAAAAAGGGAAAAAUUAUUACAGAUGUCGAACGAUAUUUUGUAUAUCCUGGACAAGCAUGUUCUUAUAUGAUUGGUUGUCAAGUAAUUUUAUCAUUACGAGAAAAAGCACAAAAAGGACUCGGUGAUAAAUUUGAUUUGAAACAAUUUCAUGAUGCGGUUUUAUUGAAUGGAUCAUUGCCAUUGAAUAUGCUGGAGAAUAUAAUUGAUGAAUUUAUUAAAACAAAAACUGAAAAUAUGUGA